AAUGUCGACAAUAAGAAAUCUGAUGUUAAGUUGCGUGUCGGAUCGUGCUGGCUCUGCACCUACUCAAGUCGUCAAGUUCAACUCUCCCUUAACGGAAGCUUUUAAAUACGGCUUGCCCACACCCAUCAUCGACAUACUUGUGUACAUCGCUCGGGAAGGCGUCACGACGCCCGGCUUAUUUCGGCGACCCGGAAACGCUGCCGACCAGCGAGUCGUCAUGAAAAGGCUGGUGGAGGGCAAACCAGUGAUUUUGAAGGAAUAUAACUUUUAUACAUUGGCUUCUGUGCUCAAACAAUUCCUUCUACGCAUUCCAGGCGGCAUACUCGGUAGGGAAGCAGAAACGGAUUUACUAGCUACUCUUAAUUUCAAUUCGAAACUCGAACAAUACGAUCAGAUUAACUCCAUUUUAUCCCGGUUAUCCCAGGCUACUCAACAAUUAUUAGCUCUUCUUUUUGGAACUUUCUUCCGAGUAACAAAUCACGCCGAAUUCAAUACAAUGUCAACUGAGGCUUUGGCUAAAUCCGUAGCUGGAUCUCUGUUUCACACUUGCGCUCAUUCAAAGGAAGAUGUAGAAAGGGCUUCGACUUUGAUUCGACUGCUAAUAAACGAUUUCGGAGUGCCCUCUUUAUUCGGCAACCGAAAUAUUACCUACUUUUGCCAUAUAACCAAUACUUAUAUACGCGUUAAGGAACGAUUCAGGUACGAAGAGCGGCCGACGACACCGUCACCAACCGUUGUACAUAGGCAUCAACCAUUACAAGCGGUCAAUUCGGUAUCUGCACCUGAAGUAUCCACUGCUUGUGAAAAUGAAAAAUGUGGAAGCCUCAACAGAUUUAAUUCCGUCAAGCGUCGUCAGGUUGCUCGAAUGAAAGAAAGGAGGAACUGGUUUGAAGGUACCGAAAGUACAACAACUUCAUUCGCCUCCUCUUCGUCCCAGGCAGCCGAUUCGUCCGACUUAUUAACUCACAGUUCACCGCCUUCGCCUAAUCGGCAAAAUUUGCAGCAGUACGCCAACCGAAACGUACGAGUUGUCUUAGUCGAACGGAUAUAUAAACCGGACUCCUUUUAA